AUGGAGGGGAAAAGGAGGGUUCAUAUACAUGUGUUUUGGUGGUCAGCCGGGGAGGCUCGGUCAGGAGUAUGCUUGAAGGCGAAACGGAAGCAGGCUCCAAUGACCUUGGGGAAGUUUCGUGCUGUGGAUAGUCGUACCAGGCCAGCAAGGUGUUACCGCUUCAUGGACGUCCACAGAGUGUCGUGUGGUUUGGUGAAGUAUGGACACGGGCGUAACGAUAUAGGUGUGCCGGGAGCCUCGUGGCAACAAGUCACCACGCUGUCCUGUGCGAGUUGGGUAUCAGGGAUAUCUAAGCUUGCAUGUACCACGUACAAAGCAUUGAAGAAGGCAAGCAGAAAAAGAACAUUAGCGGCUAACCUCUGCUAUGGUCGUAUGAUAGCCGAAGCAAUCACCCCCUCUGAAUCCGGAGCUCGAUAUCGACUCCGAUUACUCUUCAAAUCCCACCUCGGCAAGGGCGCAUCAGGCGGAAGCGCAGACGAUUACUACGCUUGCCUGUGGUGCCCCGAUUUUGACCUGCACCUGCCCGACGGCCCUGUGCCCGUACCCAUGCCGGACAACGUCACCCGGUUGGCGACGGCUAUUGCAAUCAAAGACCACUUUCGACGUCAUGGGCGAGGGAAGCUCGAGAAGCCGCCGAGGUAUGAUGGUGAGAUGCUUGAGUUUAUGGAAGGGGCGAGGAUCAUGGGGGUCAUGUUCCCCGAGAAGUGCGAGGGCAAGUGGUGUCUGGGGAGACAUGACGGAAUGUUUGGGGCUGUCCCGUCGAAGGUGAUUGAGCUCCGGGCGCCGCAGGAGAGUGAGGUUCCUGUGGGUGGGGAGAGUGGGAUGAUUGUGACCACGCGGUGGAAGUGGACUCCUCCCAAAUCCGGCGGUGUAGCUUGGGUGGCGUUUGGGAAAGGCGAGGUCAUCACAAAUGUCCAGUGUAGGUUGAAGUUCUGCAGCGCGAUCAUACGUCACGAUUUUGGAUUCGAUCUAACUAGCGUGCUACAGGUCUUUAUGCGGAUUACUGGUGCUGGUAUGGGACAAAUAGCAAGGGCAAGACUGGUGCAUUUCCCCAGUCACAUGUCGAUUUGCAGACCCUCAAAGCGCAAGAGUCAACUGCACCGAGACGUCCAAGCCGGGGAUUGUUUUUGUUUGGAAGAUAAUCUCCGCGUCUGA